GUUCUGGCUCACUUCACUAGGACACAUGGCUUGAGACGCCACGUGCUCCUAUUGGUUGGUUACAAUCACAAUCAGUAAAGUAAAUGGUCAUGGACGGAGAAAGUAAAAAUAAUACGGCGGUUAGCCCAGCGCCUGAAAAUGGUAACGCAUCAAAUAUUGGCGAGGUGCCCAGUGUACACAACUCGGGAGACGAUCCCAGCACACCAGAAGCUGCAGCUAGAAGGAAAGGAAGUCAGUUUGAGAAACGCAAGGACAGCGUGUUCGACAAGCCAAUAGACCUGGACUAUGUGCUAGUGAACGAAAUAGGCCAGUUUGGCCGCUACCAGAUGUUCAACUUGCUGCUCGUAUCCGUCCCCAUCAUCAUGUCAGCCUUUAUGAGCGAGUACAUCUUCUCUGCGGCCGCUAUCCCGCACAGAUGCCGAGUGCCAGAAUGUGGAGAAACGACUAAACUCGACCGAUUCAAUCCAGACUGGGUUCUUCACGCAAUUCCUGAGGCUAACAACAACAAUGGUUUUGUGAGCUGCGCGCGAUAUACGCCUAUUUACAGCAACGGCUCCUUGGACUACUGUCCCGCCUAUCUAUUUUCAGAGAACCAACAGAGUUGUGACAGCUACGUCUACGCUAGAGACAAUUCCUGUGUUUAUGACUUCGAUUUGGGUUGUCAAGACUGGCUCCGUGCUUUAGCUGGUACCCUGAACAGCGUGGGUACUUUACUGGUGCUGCCCAUCGCCGGUUACAUCUCCGAUACGUUUGGAAGGCGCGUGGCGCUUGUGAUCAGUGUCGUCAAUUUGGGUAUUUUUGGUAUCAUUAGAGCCUUCUCCGUCAACUAUCCCAUGUACCUGGCCUUCCAGUUGUUACAAACUACCUUUGGUGCCGGAACUUUCAGCUCUUCUUAUAUCUUUGCUACGGAGUUCGUCGGGCCUAAGUACCGAGUGUUGACAAGUGCAACCUGUACUUCUAUGUUCGCCGUCGGUCAGGUGAUACUAGGAUCCGUAGCCUGGGUUGUCCAGCCUUGGAGAUAUAUGAUCCUUGCGCUACACAUCCCUUGCUUCAUUAUCAUCGCAUACUACUGGAUUUUACAAGAGAGUGUGAGGUGGCUGCUGUCUCAAAAGAAGUAUGAUCAAGCUAAAGAUGUACUGCAGCGCGUGGCCAAACGGAACCGAAAACAGAUCAGUGAGAAGUCUUUGCAUGCGUUGAUGAACCCUCCCGAGCCUGUGAAGGUGGUAGCGGACGGGAAUGAGCCAAACCUCUUCCAAGCCAUUUUCCGGUCGGGUGUGCUGCUCCGACGUGUCUGCACCACUCCCAUCUGGUGGAUCACCACCACUUUCGUGUACUACGGCCUGUCCAUUAACGCCACCAGCCUGUCGGACUCCAUGUACUUGAACUACAUCCUGACUUGCGCCAUUGAGAUCCCUGGUUUCUACACGGCUGUGCUCAUCCUCGACAGGAUCGGCAGGAAGCCCACGCUGUCUGCCGGGUAUCUGUUUAGCGCUGCCUGCAACAUCGCCUUCGCUUUUAUACCCAAUGACCUAACGACACUCCGUCUCAUUGUAUACCUGAUGGGUAAGUUCGGUAUAUCAAUGGUGUUCACAUCGCUGUACCUGUUCACCUCGGAGCUGUAUCCCACGCAGUACCGGCACCGGCUGCUGGCCUUCUCCUCCAUGGUGGGCCGCAUCGGCUCCAUCACCGCACCACUCACACCAGUGCUCAUGGAUUACUGGGAAGGUAUACCGUCCGUAAUGUUCGGUGGUAUGGCUGUACUAUCUGGUAUCCUGGUGCUGACGCAGCCGGAGACGCUAGGCACCAAGAUGCCUGAUACCCUCGCGGAAGCAGAGGCCCUCGGCAAGCCAGAAUCAAAAAUAAAAAUCUGAACACAUACUCAAUGUACCUUAACACUAGAUGUAAGAAUAACGUUACUUCUGUAUUGCUUCACGUCGAUUUGACGAAAUUAUGGCCAUAUUGUAAAAAAUAAGCAUAAAUGUAUCACAGAAAAAUCAUUAUAGAUUUGUAGGUGGCCGAAUCUUGCAGGAAAAAAUCUAAAACCACUGGAACCCAUGACAAAAACCCAAGAAACGUAUAAAAGAAUCCCAGUAAAAUUAAGAUGGCAACAAAUUCAGUUCCAGUAAAUGACAAAAAACUUGAAUAUUUGUUUUUUACUUUCCCCCCACUAGGAUUUUCUCCUGUGUCGUGGGUGCAUUUACAUUUACAAGCAUACUAUUUCACAUACACAUGACACUCAGUCCUGGAGCAACAAACUGUGGAUCACACAAAAAGUUGUUUCGUGUGGGAAUCGAUUUGCGACACGUUCCACACCGGUUGCCCAGCCACCAUGCCAACCGUGCACUCGUCCAGCAGUUUGUAGAGGAAUGUGUUUAUAUUGGUUAGAUAUACUAUAAAUAUUAUUAAAAGUCAAAGUCAUCAUUUAUUUCAAUUAGACCAGGAAGGUACUUUUGAAAGUCAAUA